UAAGUCAUUGAAUGAUACCCAAAUAGAAUUUGAGGCAACAAAGACAAGAAGAAGAUGGAGAGGGAAACAGACCCUUCCACGUGCAGGGCCAGCUGCUUUACAACCACUGUUCCACUCCUCUUGUCCCCAUGUAAUACUUUCUUCUUCUUCUUCUUCUUCUUCUUCUUCUUCUCUCUUUCUCUCUCGCUAGACUCUAAACUCAAUCCCGAGUUACUCUUAACUUGGAGAGAGAGAGAGAGAGAUGCUAAGUCAUUGUAUGAUACCCAAAUGGAAUUUGAGGCAACAAAGACAAGAAGAAGAUGAAGGAGAGGGAAACAGACCCUUCCACGUGCAGGGCCAGCUGCUUCACAACCACAGUUCCACUCCUCUUGUCCCGAUGUCCAAUUGGAGAGUUGCAGAGGCUAUGCAUGGGCUGGGAGUGGGCGACACACUGGACUCCACUGUCAAUCAAGCCACAUGGCACAGUGGAAUCCCAAAUCUAGCACUGCAAGCUCAACAAACCCAAGCUCCGCCUGGCAUGAGUUCCACGGGAAAGUGGGGCACCACCUCGGAGGUCGUGCGCUCAACCUCGAGCUCGAGCCUCACAAAGAAGAGGGCUAGACCGGAGUCCGAUCAACAGACAGAAAACAGUACUUGUUUCCAUUCCUCAGCUCUGAGCUUCAAGACGAGAAUCACUGAGGAGGAUUCAGCUUGCCAUGGUGGAUCGGAAAACCUAGAAGAUGAAGGAGAAACCAAAGGAGAGAUCAUAGGCCGCUCUCACUCCAAACGGCGAGGCCGAGCUGCUGCAAUAAGGAGGCGUCGAGAUAGGAUAAACCAGAGAAUGAAAGCACUGCAGAAGCUGGUCCCAAAUGCAAGUAAGGCUGAUAAAGUAUCAAUGCUGGACGAGGUAAUUGAGUACUUGAAGCAACUACAAGCGCAAGUUAAGAUGAUGAGUGCCAGAAACAUGUCCCAGAUGACGACGACGAUGAUGAUGCCUCCUCUUCUUCAGAUGCAGCAGCUACACCUUCAAAUGUCGCUGCUAGCGAGAAUGAGAAUGAGAAUAGGAAUAGGAAUUGGGCUCGGGAUGCUCAACAUGAGCACCGUGGCACGUUUUGCAUCUCGGCCGCCACUCGUCUGUCGGCCCUCGAUCAGCGCUCAUGCUACAACGGCGCCGGCGCCUCCGGCAAUUCCCAACCAUGGCGAGCCUCGAAAAGCUCUGGAUGCAACUAUCAACAACUCAACACCCUUCAUGAAUCCUUAUUGCUCGUUCCUACCACAAGUACGUGAAAUUAUACACAUUAAUUGCUUUCGAGUUGGCAAACUGAAAUCAUCUUCAACUUAUAUAUAUGUUCCAAAUUAGGAAUUAUUUUUAAAAAUAAAAUAGAUUAUACACAGAACCCUUAAGAUUUGAUAAAAUAACAUGGACACCCCUGAUAAUAAAUUUAUGAAUAUGACGUAAACAUCUUCACAUUUUAUUCCCCAUCCCUUUAUCCUCCUUUUUUGUGCAGUAUAUUGGAUAGAAUAUAAUAGUUUGUUGAUCUUUUUGUCUUUAUAUUUAUACUUCGGAAAUUAUUAAACUAUCGUCAAACUAUAAAAAAUUAGAUUGAUAGAUAAUUGAAUUUCAAUUAAUUUAUCAUACAGAAGAAAAGAAUAACGAUAUUUUUAUCAUGCUAAAAUUUUUAAAAUCUAUAAAAUAAUGAUAAGAAAAAAAGUGUAGUUAAAAUGGUAAGAGUCAUGAAAAGUCCUGUCAUCUCUCAAAUAUCAAGAAUGUUCUUAUUUUGUUAAUAAACUUUAGAAGUGUUAAAAGUGCAAAGACUAUGUGAUAAGCCAAGGGAGUCUUCCAUAACUAUUUUUAACACGUCUAUGUAUAGGGGAAGUUGAAGUAGAGCAGGCCACAUGUGACUCUUUUGAAGUCUAUCCAUGCAUCCAUUGAGAACUAAUUUUGGUACACCAAUUGAAAAUGAUUUGAUAUUACCUUGCGUUUUAUAUAUAUGCUUAAAUUACUAUAUAUAUUCAUGCCAGUACUAAUUAAAUAUUGUUAGUUGCAGUCUGUGAACAACGACCUUUGCAACAAAAUGAGAGCAAUCUACUGGCGACCAAUCAAUCAGACAGCAGGUAGCACUUUGUUACCUUGGAGCCAUGUUCAAGGGGGAUGAGGACCUUACAAUUGUUGCGGGCGUGCAAGGAGGUUGGACUUGGUCAAAGGGAAUCUAUUAGUUGGUCCACGAGUUGUUCGGGGCCUUAUUUAUUUGUUGCUUUAGUUCCUAUUUUCUAGCUAAUAAUUUGGCCACUUUGCCACUAUUUUAGGAGAAGUGGUUAUUCUAUUUAUUAUUUAAUCUUAGGAGAAGUGGUUAUUCUAUUUAUCUAUUUGUUCGGAGCCUUAUCUAUUUGUUGCUUUAGUUCCUAUUUUCUAGCUAAUAAUUUGGCCACUUCCUCACUGUUUUAGGAGAAGUGGGUAUUCUAUUUAUUCCUCACUAUAACUGGAAAUUAUGCAGAAUAAUAAUCAAAUUUCCUUCCCACA